AUGGGAAAAAAACUGAUUGAUGCUGUCUAUGAAGUAUCUCAGGUUCCGGCAAUGAUGACCGGAUCGGUUGCUCGUGGGACAUGGGUCAAAGGAGAUAAGGACAUUGAUAUUUUCAUGCUGUUUCCUCCAGAACUCGAUCGAGAGUCGCUUAAGGAAUUAGGGCUUCGUACGGCACAUGCGGUUGUUGACAAGUUCAAGGGAGUUGCUCGGGAAAAAUAUGCAGAGCAUCCAUAUCUUAAUGCGGAAAUUGAGGGAUUUGAUGUUGAUUUGGUACCCUGUUAUCGUAUUUCAUCGACGGCUGAACUGAAAUGUGCUGUUGACCGUACACCGUUUCAUACGCGAUAUCUUCAGGAAAAAAUUGUGCCGUUUAAAGAGGAUGUUCUUCUUCUUAAACAGUUCUGUAAAGCUGGAGGUAUUUACGGGUCAGAUCAUAUGACCGGGGGAUUUUCAGGAUAUCUAUGUGAGUUGUUAACGGUAUUCUACGGGGGAUUUGAAAAUGUUUUGAAGGCUGCACAAAUGCAGUUUCAUCCGCAUAUGGUCAUUGAUAUUGAAGGAUAUUAUCUAGAUAAGAAAACAGUACAGAAUAUGUUUUCCGAACCGUUUAUUGUAAUUGAUCCUACCGAUAAAACAAGGAAUGUUGCCGCGGCGGUUACCAUGACUUCCUUUGCUGAAUUUUGUGAACUUGCUAGGGCGUAUCGUGUCUCUCCUUCGCUUCAAUAUUUUCUUGUUCCUGAAAGCGUAUUGAUGAGUAAGGAUGAAUUUGUUUCAAUUCUUAAAGCGCGGGGAACAUCUUUAAUCGCCCUAACAUUUCCGACUCCGGCAUAUGUUGCAGAUACAGUUGUACCGCAACUGAAAAAAACCGCAGAAUCACUUCGUGUAUUGAUGGAAGAUGCUGAUUUUACAGUUUUGCACUGGGGAUAUUUUAUGGGAACUGAUACGUCCAUGCUGCUUUUUGAGUUGACGAAGGUGAAUCUUCCAUCAUUUAUGAUACGUGAAGGUCCGCCGGUUUGGAAUACGGAAAAUGCCGCGAAGUUUAUCAAUAAAUAUGGAAAAACCGUAUCGCCCUUUGCCGGUCCGUGGAUUGCUGAUGGAAGAUGGAUAAAUCACAGGUUCUUUCCUGUUCACUGGGAAAACAUAUUCGAAUUGCGAUGGAAGAAACAUAUGAAGUUCUUGUUGAUGAUGAAAUCUGGUCCCCGUCUGUAUCUGGAUUUCUGCAUACGUAUCUGA